AUGGGCACAUCUGGAGCACAGCGUCCUACCACCCACUUCCAUACGACCACCUAUGCCCACACCAGUUAUCCAACGACUACCAAUGUUUUCGACGGCAUGGAAAUAACUGAAGCACGGCCUUCGACCACCCAUCCAACGAUUCAGCCCGAGCGCCCACUGUCCCUUCUCCGAUCUUAUAUCCCGCAACGAUUCCGGCAUCACAAGCGCGGGCGAUUGGUAUUCAUACGCGAGGGAUAUCCAAGCACAUCGUUCUUCCGUUCUACCACACGACCUAUCCCAGUUAUCAUGGUACCUAGCCGAAGAGCUCCGCUUGUCCCUGCGCCAUCUCGGUUAUGCGUGGAAUUGCGACUGGAUCCAUACAAUGCGGCUCGAUCUUAUCGCAACCCGCAGCUUUCUGCCUCCGUUCUCACUCAGAAAUCCAGUGCAAACUCCUCAAGCGGAGACUCGUCUUCGUCCUUGUCCAGUUUUAUCUCGCGCUUCAACGCCACCACCAUGGAACCCAAGCCACGGGGUCCUCGCAAACCUCUGGCAGCGGCUCCUCUCCAACAGGUGGAUUCGGCGCUCAACACCGACAACCAGCGAAAUACCCGAUUGUUGGGUUAUGUGGGGUCUGUAUACUUGGGCCACUCGAUGGCGGUACAAGAGUUCUAUCCAGACGCCUCCAACCUUGCACAAUUCGAACAGUUUCUGCGUGCUGCGCAGAACUGGCUAAAUGCACGACCCUCGGACUUUCCAACCGUCUCGGAUGCCGUAUAUGAUGUAUUUUUCAGCAGCAUGCAAGACUACAUAUCUCGUUCCGUCACCCAAAUUUGGACGGGAUAUAGGACAUACAUGCAGUCGCACCUUGCCCCAAGACUAAUUGCCGAGGCCGACGUGCACGAGCUUCUCCGAGGUUACCAAGCUUUGCACAAUACGUCCAAUGGUCAUGUGGCAGAUGACAACGAGGAGGAGGAGGAGAAUUUCGAGGAUGUCGACGAGGAGGAUGGCGAGGGGGAGAUGACAGACGCAGUCCACUCUGGCGGGACAAUUCAUGUUAACCCCCAGGGUCAAGUCCUCGAGGGCGAGCCGCCUAGUGGCCUCAUAAACGAGGAGGCCAAGGAGCACCGGAAGAAAUUCGUACUCCGUCAUCGACCUGAACACGGCGGUUUCACUGGACGUCAUCUUAUCUUUGCCAUCAAGACGCUGCUCAAAUACCGACUCCUUAGCCCACUGAUCCACGUUCUCCAUACCAUUGUCAACCCAGCGGUGCGAUUUGAGACUUCACGCUACAAAAUGAUUUACUAUGUGAUCCUCGAGCUUCUGGAGGAGACUUGGAAUCAUCCAGUUCAUGGGCUAGCUCUACGCCGCCUCAGCGCCAAAUUGGUCAAAGCCCUCGGGAAAAGAAAACAACAAUAG